GUCAAUCUAAACUAGCUUCACUGUAUCGCUGCCGAUCAAACUUUCUUCUCUCUCAAUUUUCUAAGCAAUACCUUUGAGUUCUGAAACAAAACAAGGCAUGGAGUUUGCUGCUGUGGUGGGAGAAGCACUGCUCUCUGCUUCUGUGAAGACCUUACUAGAUAGGAUCACCUCAAGCGAGCUUCGAGACUUACAUGAAGAAUAGAAAGCUGAAUGUCUCUCUCUUGGAUGAGUUGAAGAUAACUUUAAUCAUGUGACGACUUUUUCAAAUAGUUAUCUCUCUUCCUCCUUAUAGUAUUCCCAGAAUAUCCCAGUAGAGUAGUCAAAGUCAAUUAAGUUUCCAAUCAACUGUUCUCACAGUCAAUGUAAACCAUCUUUAAAUCCAUUGCAACUUAUCAAACUCUUCUCACUCUCAAAAUAUCUCACACCUCAUUACCUGAGUUCUUGUCCAAGAUAAAGCAUGGACGCAGCAGUACUAGGAGCCUUUCUCUCUCCGACCUUCCAGACCAUACUAGACAUUAUCACCUCAAGUAAAUUUCGAGAUUUUGUUAAGGAUAGAAACCUGAAUGUUUCACUCUUGGAUGAGCUGAAGAUAACUCUCAUUAUCCUUGAUGCUAUUCUCAAUGAUGCUGAAGAGAAGCAAAUCACUGGCCCUGCCGUCAAGAAAUGGCUUGAAGAGUUGAAAGAUGCCGCUUAUGAUGCAGAGGAUUUAUUAGAUGAAAUCAACACUGACUCUCUCAGAUGGCAGGUGGAACAAGAUUCUGAUGAAGGCGUUGCUGAUAAGGUGCACUCUUUCCUUUCUUAUACUUUUGGUGAUUGCUACUGGGACAUGAACAUGAAGCUUGAAGCAAUUUACCGAAGGCUUAAACACUUCGCUGAACAAAAGGAUUUCCCUCAUUUGCAAAGUGUUAGCCGGAGGGCUCAUAAAACAACUACUACUUCAUUAAUAAAUGAAUCUGUUGUAGUUGGUAGAGAGGAUGAUAAGGACAAAAUGUUGAAAAUGCUUGUGCGUGAUGAAAAUGCAAAGGGUAAUGAUAUAGGAGUGAUCACUAUCUGGGGCAUGGGUGGGGUAGGUAAAACUACCCUUGCUCAACUCCUUUACAAUGACGAGGAAGUGCAGAAGCAUUUUGAUUUGAAGGCUUGGGCAUGUGUUUCAGAAGAUUUCAAUGCCUUUGAGGUGACCAAGAAUAUUCUAGAAUCUGUCACUUCAAAAGCCUAUAAUAGUAAAAAUCUAGAUUUCCUUCGAGUUGAACUGAAAAAUAGCUUGAAGGAUAACAAGUUUUUGAUUGUAUUUGAUGAUUUAUGGAAUGAGAAAUAUAGUGAUUGGGAUGAUCUAGUUUCUCCUUUUCGCAAUGGAAAAGGGGGAAGUAAAAUCAUUGUCACAACUCGCCAACAAAGAGUUGUUGAAAUCACACAUACAUUUCCUCCGUAUAAAUUGUCAACUCUCUCAAAUGAAAAUUGUUGGUUUUUAAUUGCCAAGCAUGCCCUUAAAAUUGAGGAUCAUAAGAAGCAUCCAAAGCUAGAAGCAAUUGGAAGGAAAAUUGCAAGGAAAUGUUGUGGUCUACCAAUUGCUGCUAGAUCAAUUGGAGGUCUCUUGCGUUCAAAAGCGGAUGAAAAGGAAUGGUGUAAAAUUCUAAAUAGUAAUGUGUGGGACAUACCAAGUGACGAUGUUUUAACUUCUUUAUAUUUGAGUUAUGUUUAUCUUCCCCACAUUUAA